AUGCUGCAGCAGAUGCGCCUCCAGGCGUCGCUGUUUCUCCGCCGCUUGCUCCACCCGCGCGCGUUUCUCGGCACCAAAUGUGCAGUCGUCGCGCUCCUGUUCCUGCUUAUAACGGGGAUAUGCGCCGCGCUGGCGGGCGCGGCGGGGGGGUGGGGGGCGCGCGCGGACUGGGUGGUGGCGGAAGAGGCGCGCGGGGGAGGCUUGCCUGGGGAGGUUCUUGUGGCAGUUGGCGGCAGUGGCGGGUGUGAUAUUAAUGAGCGAGUUAGCGUUCCUUUACCGGGGGAUGGAGAUGGAAGAUCAGCAGACGGAGAGUCUGGAUCUAUGGUGUUCCUGUCGAUCGGGGAUUUCGGAAACGCGAACGACUCUCAAAAAGCUGUGGCGGCACAGAUGGGGGCGGUGGCGGAGGCAGCGGGGGUGCGCUUUGUGGUGUCAGUGGGGGACAACGUGUAUGACAACGGGGUCACGGGGGAGGCAGACCCGCUCUUCCACCGCGUGUUUGAAGGCGUGUACACGCACCCUGCGCUGCAAGUGCGAUGGUACAUGUCGCUGGGCGAUCACGACAACAAGGGCAGCGUGGCAGCGCAGGUGGCUCACUCUCACGCCUCCUCCAAGUGGUACCUCCCCGCGCCCUACUACUCCCUCUCCCUGCCGCUGCCCCGCGCUCGCCCUGCUGCCACCGGCACAGGGGAUUCCGGAGGAGGAGGAGGGGGAGAAGCGGGGGCGGAUGGGGUAGAAGCGGGAGAGGCAGGGGGAGCAAGAGUGGGAGGGGGAGGGGGAGAGGGCGGCAGCGGUGAUGGCGGUGAUGGUAGUAGUGGGGGAGACACAGAGGAGCAUAUUGACUUCUUUUUUACCAACUCCAUCGGCCUCGAGGGAGUGCUGGGAGCGUCCAAUGACAAUGACCGGCGCUUCUUCUCCAACUAUUCUCUUGACCUCGUCGGCCCACAGGCAGGCAGGCAGCAGCUGCAGUGGCUGGAAGCACAGCUUCAGAAAAGCACAGCCCGAUGGUGA